AGACUUCAUCCAUGUAGCCUCUUGGGUAUUGGGUCUUUUAAAUCGUACAGAAGAAAAUAUAUAGAGAGAGAGAAACCGAAAAUGAUGAAAAGUACAAGCUCACAUGAGCAGAACCAGAUCAUUCAUGGGCCCCUACGUAUAAUCCUUCUCUCUCAAUUCUCAAUUCUCAAUUCUGGGUCUCUCUUUAAAAGCUGAAAAAAAAAGCAAGAAAAUUUACAUUACUGCUGCACUGGGAGAGAGAGAGAGAGAAGCUUCGUGGGAGGUAGCUCGGAACUUGGAAGCAAAAACCCUCACUCUGUGGGAGCUAGGUCAACAACAAGAACAAUUUGCUCCAUCUCUCAUGUGUGCGGUGAAUUAUUAUCCAUGGCUUAUCUUGUUUAGGGUUUUGGAUUGCUAUUUUUGGUCAAAGAAGAAGGCACCGACCUUUUGCUUGUACUGAGAUGGCUCCCUUUAUGCUUGUCUUGUGGCCUCACAGAUCUUGAAGCAAAAUUUUCCAACCAAGAAAGCACAUCUUUAGCAGGUGAUCCCUUUGUUUUAGCUCAUUUCGCCAUAAUUGAAGUCUCUCUAGCUCCCAACUUUUUUCCUUCACUUUUCUUUUCCCCAUCAUCAAUUUUUUCCUUGUGCAUGGUUGGACUUUUAUCUCCAAGAUCUACCGUGAUAAGGAGCUCAAGAAUUCUAGGAGGUCAUCAUGAACUUUGUUGAACUACAAAGAGGGUAUUGCGAUAAAGAACAAGAAGGAGAAGAGGAAGAAGAGGAAGAGGAGGAAGAAGAGAUUAUGACGAGUAAGCUCCCUUUUUCUUCUCCCUCAUCCUCAUCAUCAUCUUCUACCAAGUACAGAAAUUUUCUGCCACAACACCAGAACCUAUGGCUUGGACCAUCCGACUCUCAACAAGAAUACAAAACCCACGAAUCAUCAUCAUCUCUGAAUUUUGACAACAGACAGGAGCUUAUGGCCCUGUCACUGGGAAACGACAAUGGUACUGUUAAUACCGGUGGAGGUACUAAUGAGCCUAUUGAAAGAGAGCAUAUGUUUGAUAAAGUGGUGACCCCAAGCGAUGUGGGCAAGCUAAAUCGGCUCGUGAUACCAAAGCAAUACGCAGAGAAGUACUUUCCCCUCGAUUCCACAUCGAGUGAGAAGGGCCUCCUCUUGAAUUUUGAAGACCGGAACGGCAAGCCCUGGCGAUUUCGGUACUCUUAUUGGAACAGUAGCCAGAGCUAUGUGAUGACCAAAGGUUGGAGCCGGUUCGUCAAGGAAAAGCAGCUUGAUGCAGGCGAUAUCGUGUCAUUUCAGCGAGGCGUUGGAGAGUCAGGGAAGCACCGGUUGUACAUAGACUGGAGACGCAGGCCUAAUGCACCAGAUCCAACAUCUUUUGCAGAUUUAGAGCUGCAAAAUCAGCUACACUUCCCACAGUCGGUGAGGUGGGACAGGCUUUACUCGCUGCCUCAGCCUUUGUCGUCCUUUCCACGACCAUAUGAACAACCUCAAUUCCAGCAUUUGAGUUACAGAAUUCAUCAUCAUCGGCACCAGCCUUAUAAUCAAUAUCAUUAUCAUCAACAGGCGCAAUAUUACCUAAGACCAGAGGGGGCACUUCCAAUUGGGGCAAUGCAUCAACGAGGGAAUCAAGCUCCAGUGGUGAUUGAUUCAGUUCCAGUCGUUCCCGGUAGAGGCGUCGGAAAGCGGCUGAGGCUUUUCGGUGUAAACAUGGAGUGUCCAACACAAGAAGAUCAGUCUUAUUCUUCUGUUACCAUACCGGCACAUGGCAGUACUGCAACCAUGGGUUCAUUCUCGCCACUUUUAGCUUCCUCAUCUCUUCAGCCUCCCCAGUCAAAGGUACCCGGUAGUUCAAUGACAACAAUGCAAGAACCUGAGUUUUCAAAGAAAGGAAAGACUUCCUUAUCUUUUGAUUUGGAUCUUUGAUGAUCACACAUAUAUUAUCAAGUGAAGAAGCUAGAGAUAUAUAUACCAUUUAUUUUUUAGUAGCGGUACUCCACAUCUAAUUUUGCCAUAUGGGUACUGAAUAUUCAUAAAAUUUCAUCCUUUUUUUGGGGUUUCGUAAUAUCCCCUUCUUCAUUUAAGUUGUUCUAAUUAUUACUGCAUCAUCAGGUUACCGGAUAUUGGGGUUUGUGGAGCGCUAGCAAAAGAGCUAGCAGUGCAAUAUAUAUAUAUACAUCUGCUGCUUAGUUAAGAGGGAGGGAUUGCAGGUGACGUGCAGAAAAGUGUGCAGCGCUGUAAAAGCCCACUUUCUUGUCUGGAUUAAUUGGAGCACAACCACAAAAAGUCCUCUAUCUUGAAAGACAUUUCUUAAAAAUCAGGCAACAAAAACGGCUCAAAUGGGAGGCUUUGAUCAUGAUUUCUACGGUAAGUAGCCAAUCAAUUCAUAUGAAAGUGCAAGACUUAUCCAUUAUUUGACUUUCACUUCCCAUAUUUCUGUGGCUAAAAUGGUGACACUAUAGUGAUAGCAACCAAAAAUAGAAAAAUAAUUGACACUGAUUAGCCACAAAAUACACAGUUUGCCAAGUUAAAUUACUGUAACAUGUGAGGUUACUUUUUAUUAUGGAUUAAAGUUUAGAAAAACUUAACACUGAACCAUUAUUCUAAAACCAUGAUUAAUAGACUACUUAGUACAUCCAACCUAAAACAACUAUGUUUAAGUGAAAAUAUCUAGUAAAAUAGAUACAUAAAAGAAAACAUAAAGCUCAAGAAACUCAUAUACACUUGCAGCAAAUACAAUGAAACAAAUUGAAACCAGGAACUACCCACUGAACCAAAACACAACUUCAGUGGCAAACACAACACCAUAUCUAGGAGUCAGCCAUAGUCAUCAGCUCCAAAACCAUCCUAACAGGCAUAUAAAUAUUGAUAUUUUUUGAAGUUUUUAUAAUUCAUAUAUGAAAUAUAAAUAUAUCCUUUCUUUAUUUAUUUAAACCUAUCUGAUAAUUUUUCCAACAGAAUAAAGAAAUAUAAAGUACUUUGGAAACUGGAGGAAUUAUAUAUUUUUAAUUAGGAGUGUGCAUAUUUCCGUCCAUUUGCUCAUGAAGGCAAUGCUAAUCAACAGUGUUUUGACUCGCCAAGUGAGAUGUGAAAUGGUAAUUAACUAUCUUUGACUCACAAAUUGAGAAUUAGGGCAGCUGAGAAUACCAUUGGUGCUUCUUUCAACCCCUUGUGUGAAGAUAUAUAGAUAUAAACAUGUAUGGUAGUAAUCAUUACUUCAAUCUAAACAAUGCAAAUAAUUUUUGUUGUUAUGCAGAAUAACAUUUCAAAUAAGAGAUUAUGCAUUUACUUUUCAUCAUUCUUAUACAUGCAUGAAAUCUUCAAUUUCAGUUCAUGAUUCUUUUUAGCUGUGAUCGAUAUUCAUCAUUACAUAUAUAUAUAUAUAUAUAAAACCAGCCUUCUUGGAGUACUGGCACCCUUAAAUGGCAUCACAUGCUGAAUCGUCCCAUUUUGAACAUAAUAAUGAAAGAAGCAAAUGCUACUCAAAUGGCGUAUGCCACAGAAAGAAGUAAUCAAGGCGUUUCAAACACACUCUUUCAUUUUUCUUCUAUACGUUAAAAAUGGAAAAAAAAUAGAAGAGAAGCGAAAGUGUUUUUAAAUCAUAAGAACCGCAAAGCUGUGAAGUUGGCUAGAUGAUGAAAACCGACCACGCUCUUGAACUUCGAACACAGUCAUGUUCCUUCUCUUACUUAAAUUAAGUUUCAAAACUAGUUUAUAUUAUAGAGGGGCUAACAUAUAUACCUACUUGGAUAUGCUGAUGCUUUUUUUUAUUAAUAUUAUUAGUUUUUUAACCUUCCUGUUUGCUUCCUUCAUUUGCUCCAAUUAAUAAAGCCAUCGAUCUUACUGCAAAAUUAAGGCACUGGAUUCAUUUAUUACACACAUCAACUUGUAAUAUAGAAAUGAAUCUGUGAAGGUGCAUGAUGAGAAGUAGCAGAAAUGAAGAGGAAGAAACACCCACAUCAUAUGCAUACACACUAGGCUAGUAUUCCCCUUGCUGUACCUCUACCCUACUCGUGGAGGCUUCAGGCUACAGUAACAUGCAUUGAGAUAGAGCAAGGAAUUAACUAUAGAAAAAGCCUAUGGUUGCUUAGCACAGUUACAAACUUGAAAGGGUAACAUAGAAUUAUUGCAGAAUUUGUCACUGAUUUAGUAAUUUCCUAGCUAAUGCCAUGAUACCAUCAACUUGAUUAAUCCCACUGUAAAACAAACUUAAAUGAAUAAUUAAUGCCAAGAAAAGGAAAACCACUAAAUAUCUGAAUUAAUAUAAGAUAAUAUAGAGGAGCAACAGGAUCCAAUUAUUAUAAUAAAGAUUCAUUAAUUUGAGUCACAAGACAAGAUUCCAACGUUCAAAGUCUUGAAAUUGAAGCCCUUUCGGCCUAUAAAGAGAGAGAGUGUGUAUGUAUAUAGGUUAGGUUUAAUAGGCAAUAAUUGACGAUAAGAAAGAAGCCACAUGUGUAAGGUACAAAAGAAAAGAAAGUUUCUUUUUCCAUUUUCUUCCUUUGCCUUUGGAUCUUUUUAUCUUGUUGUCUCCAAAAUUUUGCAGGAUGCGUGCAUUGUACAACACACACACACUCUCACUAGCCAGCUAAUGUUGAUUUAUUUAUUAAAAAUUAUCUUGCAUGGACCACGUUCUUGUAUUUAUCCAUUCACUGUAUCCUUCCAAUACUUAUUACUUGCUAGUGCCCGCAUGCUUUCUUUCUCUGGCACUAUAUGGCUUCUUGUAGAUGCUUUCUUUUCCAUGAAAAUUACCCAAGAGAGUGCAGCAGCAGCAGCCUCUGUGCUUGCUUCAUUUACUCUUACCAUAUGGUUGUGCAGUAGGAAUCAACUAAUCUUCAGAACUAUGAUGUCUUGAGUUUAAAUAUUCAGCAAUGAUCAGAGAUUUGCGACCUAUCCAUCGAUAUCUGCUCUUGCCAAUUGUUCCUCCUACAUUAAGAACCUACACAUCAAAGUGGUGCCUUAAAUUUCAAUGCCACUAAAAAUGGAGAAGGGAGAAUUUUUCUUAAAAAGGUAAAUGAGAGUGAUCCGUAUGGCUAUGCUCCCUGUUGCUUUUUAUCAUGUAUGCACGAUAAGCAACAGCCAAAUUUGGUGUAACAUUAAAGGAGAGUCUGAAGACUCCGGGGGUAGUGUUACCUUUAUAAUAUAAAAAAAUUGGCAAGGCAGUGAAUGGUGAUGUCCCAUACUCGGGACACAAGGAGAGAAGGUGGUUUCCAUUUUUUCUAUUUUGUUACUCGCUGGAUUUUCUACCUGGUGGAUCCUCUAUCCAUAUAUAUACAUAUAUACAUAUAUUUACUCAUCUAUUUAAAAUUGAAAAUAUAAAAACAUGGGUCUUUUUAAUUUUUUAUAUAAGAAAUUCACUUGUUUUAUAAAUUCUUCGUAGUUUAAUUAAGCAAAAUUUUCCAUAUUAUUAGGAAUCUCUCUGAAGCGAAUUCAAAUCUAACAAUUUAUAAACAAUUUUAGUGGCAUAACCUAAACGGUGUUGAUUUAUUUUUGCACUAUUACCUAUCUAAAUUGAAAUGCAGAAUUAAGUACUUAAUAAGAAAAGAGAAGGAAAUGGGCCAAUCUGGUUCAGCCCAUUUUAUUUGGGCUGUAUUUGGAUUCAGGUAGUUUCGGCCUUAUUAGGCCCAUGUUAAUCCUCACCGUAAGAGUUGGAAAAAUAAGUGAAGGAAGCGGCUUUCUGCAGAUUUACAGACAAGACAUGCAGAUACAAUAGAUGAAGUACAGAUGUGUAGAGUGUGGAUUUGCAAUCAAAACACUAUUUUGUGCAGUGCUCGCCGGAAAACAUUCGGCUCACGAAAUGCGUAAAUUUUUUAUAUUAUAUUUUAUUUUCUCUAGCUCAAUGUUAAAUUAACUGCAAAAGAAAAGCUCUUUUUCCCCCCCUAAAUAAUGAAGAGUACUUCAACGCUGCCGCAAGCGAGUAUGCAGAAUGUGAACUCAUGGUAUAUUUCAUACACUUUUCAUUGUUCUUUUCUGUAAUUUCUCUCUCUCUGUGCCUUGGCUCAGCGAAAGCUUAUAUAUAUAUUGGGGGAAUUUUAUAGAUUAUUCUGAUUUAUUUCAUUCUGCACAAGCAAAAGCGUAUAGACAUCUUCUCUGUAAUGAGCUUAAUCUAGUAACUGUGAAAUUAGAGGUACAGCCAGCUUACUUUGAUUUUAAAGUCUCUUACAGUUGGAUUUCAAUAGGGGCAUUGUUUCUUUCCCUAUCUGUAUCUCCAGCGAAUGGAUGCCUUGUUCAAUACAAGUUCGUAUUUCUUCAUUAUUUUUUAUAUACUGUUGGUCGAUUUGCAACCUUCAUAUCUUGAUUGGGACACUCAAUUGUUUUGUAUUUGCAACAAUGAUUUUACUGAACUCAGUUUGAUUCUCCAGGUAAAUAUUUGCUUUACUUGCAAGGUUCUUUUUCACCAUCUUCAUGGAUGCAUGUUGCUUGCAAUAUGUUGAGUAUAGAUCACUAGUAAAAAAUUUCCAUGCAUUCUACAGGUUAUCCUUGAGUAUAAGAGUACCAAGAACCCCUUUAGUAAAAGUAUUUUAUGUGACCAACGAAUAAAUUAGGAUGGUGGAGCUGUAAGGAGCUUUGAUGGAACUAUAACUACUUAUAGAAAGACAUUGAUAUAUCAUUAGUUUGGAUUCACUUGAAAAUGGAAUCUUGAGAUCAGUUAUUGGAAUGAAUAAGAAAAUAGAAGUUCAUGUUGGAAACCUCUCAUAACAUGGAAUUUGGAGGUAUCACUAUGAGGGAUUCUGUGAGGGUAUGUCUUCUUUUGAGAAGAUCAAUUCUUGAAUAUAUUUCUCUGAGUGUGAGAUUCUACCAAUCCUUAUUUGAUGUUGUGAAAGAUGGAGUGUUCAUUGGUAAAUUUGCCAAACUACUUGAAAAUUCAUAGUUCCACUGUCGCAUUAUGGUCUUAUAAUGCUUUUGAUGCCUCAUAAGCCUAUCUGUGCGGCUGUUCUUGGGACUAUAGUUGAGUUUACCUAUGAACAUGGGGCUUUAACUCACAGAAGAGAAAUAGAAUCAUACACUUUGCUUCUAGUCUAAAAUGGCUAUUGGCUAAACAGUUGUUAGUGGUGGUACUUGGAAUGUUGUUAAAGCUAGAUUAUGUUAGACUACUUCCUUCUAUAAUUGGAAUAUUGUUUUGUUGGUUGAAAUUGGCAAAGGUUUCUAUUUUUUUCUAAACCCCUAUUUUUUACUUGGAUGGAUGUCCCCAAUUAUUGAGGUAUUUAACUCAGAAGUCCUUUAACAUGUCGUUGCAUGUUACCAAGAUCACUAUGAUGCUUGUAAUCUUGUUUCAACUUACAAGACUCAGAGCAAGCGGAUAGUGGAUAAUCCUUUUAACAUGUGGUAUUUCCUUCCUGUGGUAACUUCAGUAUGAAAAAUCUGAAGAAAACUCUACUAGUUGUUGAAUUGCUGGAUAAUUGCACGUUGAGAAACUGUUGAUUCAUCCUGUUCUGAUGACAUGAAAAAAUGUAAAUUAUUUUAUUAUUUUUUGGGGGGCUUUGAAUUAUUGUUAUUAUUGUUGGGGCUAUCUGAUGCAUGUGUGUAUUAUAUAAUAGAAACUUGCAGGGUGUGAAAGAGGUUGUGAGAUUAGCAGCUGAAAUGAAGUGGUUUGGGGAGUUAAUGAGUUUUGUCAAACCUUUUGUUGAACUUUCUUUUUCCUGUGUGAAACAGUAAUUACUGAUUCGGAUCUGAGCAAAUGCAUUGAGGCCUGCUUCUGUGUAUGCGCCUUGAAGUUGCUUGCCAAUCAGGUGCCCCUGGCCCUGCACUAAUUGAAUCAUUAAGACACUGAAACAUCUGUGAUAUUUUAUGUUGUUGUCUCAUUCACACAAGUAUUGAUUUUGUUCAAGUUAAAUUCUAUUCUAUUUUAUUUUUAUUUCCUGCUUAGUA